CGAAUGGAUAGGUAUUGCUGUUUUGUCUGAACAAAACACACAUACACGCACAUACACGUGCCCAACUACUGUCGCAUAUCAACCCAAUCUGAAUGGAGUGUAUGUCAGCUGGCAGUGACAUAUUUUAUCGAAAGUCUGUAAACGCGUCGUACAUUCAGAUAUUUUUUUUCUCUGUCGUGAAUUACAAUCAUCAUUCUCCGUUUAAUUGCAUUACCUCUCUCUGUUUGCAAGUUUUGUGAAACAGAAGACCAAAAAAAAGUUGUGUUCACUUCAGUUGACUGAAUAGUGGUGCGGUUUAAUGUCUUUUCAAGUCUAUCGUCGGCUAACGAUAACAAUAUGUAACCGUGGUAUUUUAGUAAGAAAAUUCCAAAAUUGUACCAAACUCUUUGCCCGUAACAUACAUCAAACUACGACGACGACGACGAUGGAUUUGGCCAAUAGUUCACUGCCAGCAAUAAAAGUUACAAUGGCCGACGCAUCGAAACUAUUGCGAGUGAAUAAUAUUGUGAAAUCACAGCAAGAUAAUCGUGAUUAUCGUGGAUUGCAGUUGGCAAAUGGCCUAAAAGUGUUGUUGAUCAGCGAUCCGGCCACUGACAAAGCGGCUGCCGCAAUGACAGUUGACGUCGGCCACAUGAGUGACCCAGAGGAUUUGCCCGGUUUGGCGCACUUUUGCGAGCACAUGCUGUUCCUUGGCACGAAAAAAUAUCCCAACGAAAAUGCGUACAGUACGUAUCUAUCGGAGAAUGGUGGCAGCUCAAAUGCAUCUACGUAUGCGGACAAUACGAAAUACUAUUUCGAUGUGGUUCACAAUCAAUUUGAGGGAGCAUUGGAUCGAUUUGCGCAGUUUUUCAUUGGUCCAUUGUUUACGGACAGUGCCACCGAUCGGGAGAUAAAUGCCGUGAAUUCGGAACAUGAAAAGAACUUGGCAACAGACGUUUGGCGUAUUCGACAAGUGAACAAAGCGUUGGCUGACAGCAAUCAUCCUUACAGCAAGUUUGGUACGGGUAAUGAAAAGACGCUGAGUGAAGAUCCAAAACGUUUGGGCAUUAAUGUGCGCGAAGAACUGUUAAAAUUCCACGAAAAAUGGUAUUCGGCCAAUAUCAUGUGCCUGGCUGUGUACGGGCGUGAAACACUCGAUGAGCUUGAGGCAAUGGUCAUAUCACGAUUCUCGGAGAUUGUCAACAAAAAUGUCAUCUCACCGCGAUGGACAGAUCAUCCAUUUCUACCCGAACACUAUGCCACGAAAGUGUCCAUUGUGCCGGUUAAAGACUCGCGAACGCUAACACUCACCUUCCCCACCGGAGAUUUAGAUCAAUUUUACAAGGCUGGCCCUGAAGCGUAUCUGAGCCAUUUAAUUGGGCAUGAGGGAAAAGGCAGCAUUUUGUCGGAAUUAAAAAGCCGCGGUUGGUCCAACAGCUUGUUAGCUGGCCAUAAUACGCUGGCACGUGGCUUUGGAUUCUUCGAUAUCAUGGUGGAUUUGACACAAGAAGGAUUUGAGAACAUUGACGAAAUCAUCAAAAUCAUUUUUCAAUAUAUCAACAUGUUGCGAACGGGUGGUCCGAAGAAAUGGAUUUUCGAGGAGUAUUUGAAUUUAAGCGAAAUGCAAUUUCGGUUCAAAGACAAAGAGACCGCUUUGCUGUUGGUCUCGAGUGUGGUGCAUUCAAUGCAAUUGUAUCCGAUGGAAGAGGUGUUGACUGCACCGUAUUUGAUCAGUGACUGGCGACCAGACCUCAUUCAGAAUUUGAUGGACGAUUUAGUGCCUGAAAAGUGUCGCAUCGUCGUUGUUGGCCAAAAAGUCGAACCAAUUUGUAAUGAAAUCGAAUAUUGGUAUGGAACGAAAUAUCGAUCGGAGCCAAUUUCCGAAGAUGUCAUCGAGGAUUGGAAGAGUUGUGGUCUAAAUGAAAAUUUGAGUUUUCCAAUGCCGAAUCCGUUCAUACCAACCGAUUUUGAGCUAUGCACCGGAGAAUCAGAAGUCAAGCCAUAUCCAGUUAUUCUACACGACACACCGAUCAUGCGAGUGUGGUACAAACAAGAUACCGAGUUCAAAAAACCGAAAACAAUCAUGAAUUUUGACUUCUCCAGCCCGAUGGCUUAUUCGGAUCCACUCAAUUGCAAUUUGACACACAUGUUUGUUCAGCUGUUCAAAGAUGAACUGAACGAAUAUUUGUACGAGGCUGAACUGGCCGGUUUGCGAUUCGGAGUGAGCAACACAUCAAAUGGAAUUAGUUUAUCAAUCAGUGGUUACAGUCACAAGCAGCAGAUUCUCCUCAGCAAGGUCAUCGACCAGUUGUUCAAUUUCGAAUUCUGUCCAAAACGUUUCGAAAUCAUCAAAGAGCAAAUGCAUCGUGCGCUGAAAAAUUUCAACGCUGAACAACCGUACCAACACGCUGUUUAUUACUUGGCGCUGAUACUAACCGAACAUGCGUGGACGAAGCAGGAAUUGAUUGACGCCGUUUCAUUGGUGACGGUGGAGCGUUUAGAGCAGUAUAUCAAGGAUUUCCUGUCACGAAUGCAUGUCGAAUGUUUGAUUCACGGCAAUGUAAACAAGCAAAAAGCCACCGCAUUGGCUAGUAUCGUCGAGCAAAAACUGAAAACGACCAAUGCCAACACACUACCGUUGCUUUCACGUCAAUUGCUGUUGAAGCGUGAAUACAAGUUGGUUAAUCAAGAGUCGUAUCGAUUUGAGACAGAGAAUGAAUUUCACAAAAGCUCAUGUGCUGAACUGUACCUACAGUGCGGCAUGCAAAGUGAUUCAGCGAAUGUUUUUAUCGAUUUGGUGUCACAAAUACUAUGUGAACCAUGUUACAAUACACUGCGUACGAAGGAACAAUUGGGCUACAUUGUGUUCUGUGCAUCUCGUAAAGCGAACGGAGCGCAAGGGAUACGUUUUAUCGUUCAGUCAGCCAAACAUCCGGUUUACGUGGAAGAACGCAUCGAAUUAUUCUUAGACUCAAUGACGAAACAAAUCGAAGACAUGUCCGACGAAGAGUUCAAUCGACACAAAGAUGCUUUGGCAGCUCAGAAGCUGGAAAAACCAAAGCGACUAUCGACACUGUUCAAUAAAUUUUUAAACGAGAUUUCAUUGCAACAGUAUCAUUUUGACCGAGCCGAAAAAGAGGUAGCAAUUUUACGGAACGUCACCAAAACCGAAUUGUUGGACUACUACAAAAGUAACAUUCUGUCAAUGGGCCCAAAUCGAUCCACUCUGUCUAUCCACAUAGUGUCAACGGCUGAUGGUGGUGCUGGUAAUUCGAAUGAAAUCGAAAGCACACCAGUCAUCAAUGAGCUCAUCGAUCGCCGACCAAACACAAUAGUAAUCAACGACUUGGCUGUGUUUAAAUCCUCAAAGGAAUUGUACCCCAUGGUGCAGCCGUACAUCGACAUUCAACCAAAGGGCGCUAAAUCCAAACUCUAACUUACCAAAAAGCAACUGAAAUACCAGACGAGAAAAAUAAUGACACAGUGAAAAAACAGUUCAGACAAUUCCCAGUUGAUACACGAUUCAAUCUGAUUUUUGUUUUAUUUUUUAAUUUAGGAAAAAAAAACUUGGACCAUGUGAAUGAAAUAAUCUCCACUUUGGUUGGUUCGUCUUUUGUUUUCGAAAAGUAAAUGCCUGUUCAAUUGAUUGUUUGCUGGAAAAAAUUGAUGGCAAUAAAUUAUUUGAAAAAUUA